ACACUACAACCAGACACGUGGUGCCACUCUGAGGACGCCCGACCGACGGGUCGUCGAGGCGAUAGUCGACGACCAACGACGUCGGUCUCCGCUGUACGGCGGCCUUACCAGGCCGCCAGGGCGAUGCCGCUAAUGUUCCGGGAUACCCCGCUGGGCCAGAACCAGCCUGCCAGGUCGGAACGCGAUACACCGCCGACCGGGUUGCUCUUCCACAGUAUGUUCGGUGACGACAGCGCCGACGAAAAUGCGGACCACAUCGCAGUCCGCAGCCGACGACGCGUCGUCUCGUCCUCCUGAUGCCAGCGCGCUAAAGUGACGGUAGCGUGCGGCGCAGCCUCAACCCCCUUAGGUCGCCCCGUGACCAUCACCGGGAGGAGACUGCCUCCUCAUAGGGGCCUGAGCUGGACAAACGCCCUCCGCCGACCCCCAGAAUUCAACUUAACCAAACCUAACAUGAAUUACGAAAUCGUUUACACACUAUAAAAAAAAAAAAAAAAAUUAAAUUAAAAUCAUUUAUUUCAGAAACCAAUACAUUGUAAACUUAAAAUCAUUGAAUUUUAUUAAAAUAACCACUCUUAUAUCAUCAAUUAAAACCAAUUAAAACCAUAAAUGUGUUAUUUAUGAUUUGUUCGAAGGUACCUACCAUUGCCUUCCGGCAAAUAAUCCUAACUUGUCGGACGAACAAUUAUGCGCAAUAUGCGGUCAAGCUGAAAAAAAAUAGACAAACCAUCAAUAAAUCAAUACUUAUUUGACAUACCUGUAACUUAAAUAGUAUUUUAAUGGUCCCACGUGCAAACAGUGUUCUGAAUAUUUUUUAAUUUAUAAUGAAAAAAGCAACUGUACAAAUCAAAUCCCAAUCAAUGCAGGUGCAGGAUUCAUCAGACUCUGAUGAAGAGCCAAAUCCUGAGAGUCAUAAAAAAUCUUUGGAAAAAUUGAAGAAGACAGAUCCAGACUUCUAUAAUUUUCUUGAAGAGAAUGACGAGAAUUUGCUGAACUUUGAAGCAGCCAGUGAUGAUCAGGAAUCUGACAGACAGAGUGACAGUAAUGAAGAUGAUGAGAAAAUACACACACCAGGAGCCUUGCAGGCUGAUAGUGAUGACAGUGACUUCGAGAAUGACAAUUAUAAAUUGGACAAUACUAAAGUCACUCUUAAAAUGGUUUCGGAAUGGCAAGCAGAGUUGCAAAGUGAAGGCAAGAUUAAACUGUCCACAUUAAUCACGGUUAUAAAAGCAUUUAAUGCAGCUAUGCUUCGAGUUAGUAGUGAUGAUGGAACUUCACAAGGAGAAAUGAAAGUGGAGGGAUCAUCUGUUUUCAAUGCUGUCAUUCAAUUAUGUGUUGUUAAUCUACCCGGUGCAGUAAAAAAGUAUUUGGGUGUAGAACAGUCAGGCAAGGAACCACAAAAAUGCAAGCAUUUCUCCAAAAUCAGAGGUCCUCUGAUGUCGUAUUUAGUUGAUCUGAUGAAACUGCUCUUAAGUAUUUCAUCUGAGAAUAUUUUGGGAGUACUGCUAAAGCAUUUGCACCAAAUGUGCACUUUCAUUGCUUGUUUCCCAAGAAUUGCUAAAAUGGCAUUAAGAAAACUUAUUUUACUGUGGAGCACUAGUGAAGAAACUGUGAGAGUGUUAGCUUUUCUCUGCAUUUUAAGAAUAACCAGGAACCAACAAGCACUUCUUCUAGAUCCAGUUCUGAAAGUAAUGUACAUGACUUAUGUAAAAAACUGCAAAUUUGUGAGCCCAUCAACAUGGCCAGGAAUAAACUUUAUGAGGAGAUCCCUUGUUGAAAUGUACUCUUUAGAUUUGGAUGUUGCCUAUCGACAUGUCUUUCUUUAUAUCAGGCAACUAGCUAUUCACUUGAGGAAUGCUAUAGUAGUACAGAAAAUUGAGAACAGACAGGCUGUAUACAACUGGCAAUUUGUGAACUCUCUGCGCUUAUGGGGAGAUCUACUGGCCGUCAACAACAGGCCACCAUUACAUCCACUAAUUUACCCACUUGUGAUGGUAACUAUAAACACAAUCAAACUUGUGCCAACUCAUCAAUAUUACCCACUGAGAUUUCACUGUGUGGAGAUACUGAUGAACUUAUCUAAGGAAACUGAAACUUUCAUUCCUGUACUGCCGUUCUUAACAGAAAUUCUGGCCUAUGACUUCAAUAAAAAACACAAAAAAGUUUCAAUGAAACCUCUAGAUUUUUCAUGCAUAUUGAGAUUGGCUAAGUCUCAACUGAUGGAAAAUGGAUUCAAAGAUGCUGUAAUAGAUAAACUGUAUGCCCUCAUGUUGGAGUACACAGCUAAUGAAUCUCAUACAUUUGCUUUUCCUGAUACCAUUUUACUAGCAGUUAUUCAGCUGAAACAGUUCUUAAAAUCAUGCUCAGUUGCCAAUUACACAAAGAGAUUCCGUCAGCUAUUGGAAAAAAUUGAAGAAAACGCAAGAUUCAUUGAGCAAGAACGUAUAAAGUCAACCGUUGCCUUGGACGACGAAAGCUCAAUAAUGGCGUGGGAGACGAGCAUGAAGGCAAAGGGAACACCCCUAAAAUUAUUCUUCGAGAACUGGAACAGGAUUAAUCAGUUACAGAAACGUAAGAAGGUAACGAACAAUGAUGAAAUAGCUGGACAGAUGCCGGUCAUCAAACGACGUAAAAUCACCGAACAACAAGUACAGCGGCCGGAGAGCAAGGGACCUCUCGUUUUGUUCCCCUCAGACAGUGAAGACGAUGAGAGACCAAACUUUGAGGCGGACGAAGAUGAGGAACCACCACGCGCUCCCAAAGUCAAGAAGCAAAAGAAGAAGAAGACGCAAAGGAAAAUCGCAAAAAGAAAUUCACCUCCAGAAGAAAGAGAUACCAUUGAUAAAGGCGAUAUUGUUCAAGAUCUCAGUGUAGGAGAUUGGUAAUUAAUAGAUAAUCCUAAGAGAAUGUUUUUAAGGUGCGUAUUCACUGCGAGCAUUUGUCUGUCAGAAAUUAGAAAACUGAGCGAGCGUUUACGGGGCUGACAACACUUUUUUUUUUCUUUUUUUUUCUGGCCGGGGCCGAACCUCCUACGAGGUCCCCGCGCCUAGGGGGUGCGCGGACCUCAACGAUCUGCAAGGUGUUGGAAGCAGACCGCGGGCCCAUGGAAUUUUAGGGCCCACCCACUAAACGACUCCCCUGCACUCUUACACCCGACGUCCGUUCGGGGUCAAAACCCGGUCAGAGUAGGGGGGUUCCCGCGGUCAACACUACAACCAGACACGCGGCGCCAGGGGGUUGACAACACUGUUCUAACCAACCAAGAGAAGCCAACCAAUCAAUUAACCCGAUUGAGAAACAUUUAUCAAGUUAUUUAAGGCUUCACGUUCUAGCUAAUUAAUGCACCAGAUACUCGAAUGCUCGCAGCGACACGCACCUAUAUAAAUGUCGUUAAAAUUCUGAAUACGCAAUUUAAUCUAUUCAAUUUAUUCAAUAACCAAAUAUAUUUAAACCAUUCACAUUAUAAUAUUGAUUAUUAUAGAAAUUAACGUUUUGAAUCUACUGUUUUCCCUGUAGAAAAUAAGUCCAGUGUACUUUAGGUUCAGCUGGUUCGUGUGUCUCUAUAGUUAAACAUCCAGUAGGUACUUCUGUCCAGCCUUGUGCGGGCUUGUCGUUCAGAUAAACAGAUAUUCUCAGGUCCUGCGAACAUGUAGAAUUUAUUCUCGAACAUAAUGCAAUACUACUAUCGUUUGAUUAUUAUAAAUGUCGUUUACGUGUAAUACAUAUUAUUAAAAAAUAAAAAAGUAA